UUGCGAACAAGGUGAGGGGUGUUGGCGGACGGUGGGGACCAACAUGUCGAACACUAGCGUUCAUUGGGAGGCGAGAGUUUUGCCAGCAGGACCACCACGUUUGCUUGGCUGGAACGUCCCUGCCGAGGAACUUGUUCACAUACCUGAGCACUGGCUGGUCUAUCCUGAGCCAAACCCCUCCCUUCACUAUUUACUAGGUUUGCUAUACAUUGUCUUCACGUUCGUAGCACUCCUUGGUAAUGGCCUUGUUCUAUGGAUAUUCUGCGCAGCGAAAUCGUUGCGAACACCAUCGAAUAUGUUUGUCGUAAAUUUGGCGAUUUGCGAUUUCUUCAUGAUGAUCAAGACGCCUAUUUUCAUUUACAAUUCAUUCAACACGGGAUUCGCACUUGGACAUUUGGGCUGUCAAAUAUUUGCGUUUAUUGGUUCGUUGACUGGCAUCGGGGCGAGUAUGACGAAUGCUGCAAUAGCUUACGACCGAUACAGUACAAUCGCGCAUCCUCUGGACGGAAAACUUUCGAGAGGUCAGGUGAUGCUGUUCAUCGUGCUUAUAUGGACCUACGUUAUUCCAUGGGGUUUGAUGCCUCUGAUGGGUGUCUGGGGAAGAUUCGUGCCCGAAGGAUUUUUGACCUCUUGUAGCUUUGAUUAUCUUACGGACAGUGCAGAGAUCCGUUAUUUCGUCGGGACGAUAUUUACAUUCUCUUACGUCAUACCAAUGAGCCUAAUUAUUUAUUACUACAGUCAAAUCGUUAGCCACGUUUUUAAUCACGAAAAAGCAUUACGCGAGCAAGCAAAGAAAAUGAAUGUCGAGAGCUUGCGAAGUAACUCAAACUCUAAUGCCCAAUCUGCCGAAGUUCGUAUCGCAAAGGCUGCUAUCACAAUCUGUUUCCUCUUUGUGUGUUCCUGGACUCCCUACGGUAUUUGUUCCCUCAUCGGAGCUUUCGGCAAUAAAUCUUUACUUACACCUGGAGUCACGAUGAUACCAGCGUGCACCUGCAAGUUCGUAGCCUGCCUGGAUCCUUAUGUUUACGCCAUAAGCCAUCCAAGAUACAGGCUGGAGCUUCAAAAGAGACUUCCAUGGUUGGAACUGCAAGAAUCAGCACCGGCAAAUGACGCAGCAAGCACGACGACCGAAGCUGUAAAUGCACCAGCCGCGAGUUAGGCUCGAUACAGCAAACGAUAUUUGGAAAUGAAGCUAAUCUAUCAAUUGAAACGUAGGCUACUGAAAUCCUCUGUAAUUAUAACUUAUUGUAAUGUGAUAAUAUCGAGAACGUGCAAUAAAAUAAAAAGUCCCUGGCAUGUUA